AUGGAAGAUGCUCAUGCGAAGACGGGCGAUGAGGUUUGCCGCUUCUUCAACGUGGGACCCGACGGGCUAACUGAGGGCCAAGUAGAGGCUGCAAGAGAGAAAUAUGGCUACAACGAAAUGCCUGCGGAAGAAGGAAAGUCAAUUUGGGAGCUUAUACUUGAGCAAUUCGAUGAUCUCCUUGUUAAGAUUCUUCUUCUCGCCGCUAUAAUUUCUUUCGUAUUAGCUCUGUUUGAAGAACAUGAUGACCAGACAUCUGCCGUUACCGCUUUCGUUGAACCUUUCGUUAUUCUCCUUAUUCUUAUAGCAAACGCUACUGUCGGAGUUUGGCAGGUAUUAGCUCUGUUUGAAGAACAUGAUGACCAGACAUCUGCCGUUACCGCUUUCGUUGAACCUUUCGUUAUUCUCCUUAUUCUUAUAGCAAACGCUACUGUCGGAGUUUGGCAGGAGCGGAAUGCCGAAUCCGCUAUAGAGGCGUUGAAAGAGUACGAACCGGAGAUGGCUAAAGUUGUGCGAUCAGGAAGCCAUGGUAUACAGAUGAUACGAGCGCGUGAACUUGUUCCAGGAGAUAUUGUUGAAGUAUCUGUGGGAGACAAAAUUCCCGCUGACCUUCGACUGCUAAAGAUCUACUCGACAACGAUACGUAUCGAUCAGUCUAUUCUUACUGGUGAAUCUGUGUCAGUCAUCAAGCACACCGACGUUGUUCCUGAUCCCCGUGCCGUGAAUCAAGACAAAAGGAAUUGUCUUUUCUCCGGUACAAAUGUCGCCUCUGGAAAGGCCCAAGGAAUUGUGUUUGGUACUGGAUUGAGCACUGAGAUCGGUAAAAUUCGAACUGAAAUGGUUGAAACCGAAACCGAGAAGACCCCGCUCCAACAAAAACUCGACGAAUUCGGAGAGCAGUUGUCUAAGGUCAUUUCCAUCAUCUGUGUCGCUGUGUGGGCUAUUAACAUCGGUCACUUCAAUGAUCCUGCUCACGGCGGCUCAUGGAUCAAAGGCGCCAUCUAUUAUUUCAAGAUCGCUGUAGCACUUGCUGUAGCAGCCAUUCCUGAAGGUCUUCCAGCAGUUAUUACCACUUGUCUUGCCCUCGGUACUCGGCGGAUGGCAAAGAAGAAUGCUAUCGUUCGUUCCUUGCCCUCUGUGGAAACUCUUGGAUGCACUUCAGUCAUUUGCUCUGAUAAGACCGGAACCCUGACAACGAAUCAAAUGUCUGUGUCGAAAAUGUUCAUCGCACAGCAUGCAUCGGGCGACAACAUUGAUUUCAAUGAAUUCACUAUCACUGGAUCGACCUAUGAACCUUCCGGAAAAGUUUUCUACAAUGGAAAAGAGGUCAACUGUGCUGGUGGUGACUUUGAAGCUCUCACUGAGAUUGCCACCAUUUGUGCCAUGUGUAACGAUUCUGCUGUGGACUACAAUGACACAAAGAAGGUCUACGAGAAGGUCGGAGAAGCUACUGAAACAGCUCUGGUUGUUCUUGCUGAGAAGAUGAAUGUUUACGGCACACCAAAGUCUGGAUUGUCAGCCCGUGACCUUGGUAAUGUCUGUAACCGUGUUAUUCAGCAGAAAUGGAAGAAGGAGUUCACUCUGGAGUUCUCCCGUGAUCGCAAAUCGAUGUCGUCAUACUGUAUUCCGGCGACAGGUGGAUCAGGUGCUAAGAUGUUCGUAAAAGGCGCCCCAGAAGGAGUCCUUGGCAGAUGCACCCAUGUACGAGUGAACAACCAAAAAGUACCGCUCACGCCUGCAAUGACACAAAAGAUUGUCGAAAAAUGCGUGCAGUACGGUACUGGACGAGACACUCUCCGUUGCCUCGCUCUGGGAACUAUUGAUAACCCGGUCACGGACGUCAAAAUGAAUUCUCGAAAGCAGCGUCACAGUAUCAUCAAGUAA